UGUUAGGAAACAAGUCAGUAAGCCUGACCAAAAGCUAAUGUCAUCAGAAAGGCCAACAGAAAGUCCAGAGGUGCCAGCAGAAAAUACCAUGUCCCCUGAAGAUCCUGAUGUGGAAGGAAGGGGGAAGUCAAGUGACAGUCCAGCAGAGAGACAAGAGGAAGGCUCAGAGAAGGGAGAAUGCCUGGAGCUCAUGUCCAAGAGGCAAAGGAAGAAGCUAUUGAAGCAGAAACAGUGGGAAGAACAGAAAGAUCUACGAAGGCAGAAGCGAAAAGAAAAACGCCAGAAGAGAAAGUUGGAACGUCAGUCAAAACUGGAGGCCAGUCAUGAAGGCAAUGACAGAAAGCGUAUGCGAAGGGAAGUUGUUCCCAGUACACUUCGCCUCAUUGUGGACUGCAGCUUUGAUGACCUGAUGGCGCUAAAGGAUGUUAAGAAGCUUCACAAGCAAAUUCAGAGAUGUUAUGCAGAAAACCGCAAAGCAUUUCACCCUGUGCAGUUUUACUUGACCAGCCAUGGGGGACAGUUGAAGAGCAACAUGAAUGAAAAUGACAAAGGAUGGGUGAACUGGAAGGAUAUCCAAAUCAGAACAGAGCACUAUAGUGAACUAAUAAAGAAAGAAGACCUAGUGUAUCUAACCUCAGAUUCCCCCGAUGUUCUCAGCGAGCUUGAUGAGAAGAAAGCCUAUGUGAUUGGAGGAUUGGUGGAUCACAAUCACUACAAGGGAAUUACUUACAGAAAAGCUAUAGAGCAGGGAAUUGGUCAUGCACAGCUCCCGCUUGGAAACUUUGUCAAGAUGAAUAGUCGGAAAGUGCUAGCUGUCAAUCAUGUAUUUGAGAUCAUCCUCGCAUACCUGGAGAAGAGAGACUGGAAGGAGGCCUUUUUCAGUGUCUUGCCACAGCGGAAAGGGGCUGUUCCUUUGGGAGAAGCCAAUAAUUCAUCCAAACAUGCUCUGUCUGGAAGAGAAGAUGAACAUGCUGACUCAGACAGCAACUAGGCUAUAGAAUGAGGUGAUAGGAAAGAUGAGAUACACAGGU